AAUAUUUUCAGUUUGCUCGAGCAUUUCUGCCGCGCGGUUGAUUUUGUAUUAAACGUAUUCAGAACAUAUUACCUAACUGAAAGAAAUAUGUCCAAUUCUGUGUUCGAAGCUGUUCAAAAGGGACCAGCCAUAGAGGUGUUCGCCCUAAAUCGAGCAUUCUUGGAGGAUACCGAACCUAAAAAGGCUAACCUCGGAGUGGGAGCCUACCGCACUAAUGAGGGCAAGCCCUGGGUGCUGCCGGUGGUGCGUAAAACCGAAAUUAAAAUUACCAGCGAUGAGACAAUCAAUCACGAGUAUCUACCAGUGUUGGGCAAUGAUGCAUUUACAAAGGCCGCCACAGGCUUGCUGUUGGGCGAUAGCUCGAGCGCUAUCGCAGACAAGCGCGCGUUCGGCAUUCAAACGCUCUCCGGCACCGGUGCGUUACGUAUAGGCGCACAAUUUUUGCGCGUCAUACUCGAUCGUCGUGUUGCCUACUACUCAAAUCCCACAUGGGAGAACCACCACAAAGUGUUUGCGGAUGCUGGCUUCGAAACGCUGCGUUCGUACCGCUAUUGGGAUCAGGAGAAGCGCACCAUCGAUUUUGAGGGUCUCUUGGCCGAUUUGGAUGCCGCGCCCGAGGGUGCUGUUAUCAUCUUGCACGCUUGCGCACACAAUCCCACCGGCUGUGAUCCCACACAAGAGCAAUGGAAGCAAAUCGCUGACUUGAUGGAGCGCAAGAAACUUUUCCCCUUCCUGGAUUCGGCAUAUCAAGGUUUCGCCAGUGGCGAUCCAGAGAAGGAUGCCUGGGCUGUACGCUACUUUGUGGAGCGUGGCUUCGAGUUGUUUGUCGCACAAUCGUUUGCGAAAAACUUUGGCCUUUACUGUGAGCGUGUCGGUAAUUUGACGGUGGUGCAACGUAACGCUGCUUCGUCGGAAGCUGUUGCAUCUCAGUUUACUUGGUUGGUGCGUGGCAUGUACUCGAAUCCACCAGCGUUUGGUAGUCGCAUUGUUGCCACAGUAUUGAAUAAUCCAGAGCUGCGUAAGGAAUGGAUGGAGUGCAUUCAAACGAUGUCUGGUCGCAUCAUCAAAAUGCGCAAGGCGCUCUUCGACCGUCUUACCGAGCUGCAAACACCCGGCACCUGGGAUCACAUUGUCUCGCAAAUCGGCAUGUUCUCAUACACUGGCUUGAAUGAGAAACAAGUGCGCGUGCUCAUCGAUGAUUUCCAUGUGUAUUUGCUGAAGUCGGGACGCAUCAACAUGUGCGGCCUCAAUGAGAACAACGUCGACUAUGUGGCACAGGCCAUACACACGGCCGUCACGAAAGUCGGCAGUCACAUUUAAAUUCCAUGCGCGUGUGUGUGUAAAACUCAAACCAGCAUUUACAAAUGCAUUGCAAAAACAAGAGCAAACUAUAGUUAAUGUCGAAGAGAGGAGAUUUAUAGUUUGUCGAAACGCCGAUAUUCAAAAGCUUUCAAACGUGUACACAUAAAUUUAUUAGGGAAUGUUUAUACGUUAUAUAACUAUAUAUACACAUAUAUACAAAUACGUAAGAUGCUAGUAAUGCAUAAGCAGUUCAAAAGCGAGCAAACCCCUACAAAAACAACUAAAAACCUCUUAAAAUGUUUUUUCGAACUCCCCACAGAGCAAAAGAAAGAAACAGAAAACAAAUACAAUAAUAAUGUCGUAAAACAACAAAUAUAAGCAACCUAUAGAAUUUAUUUUGUAUUAGUAAUGCAAAAAUGCAGAACCGAAAUCAAAGUAAAAUACAAGUAUUUGAAAAAAACGCCAAACAUUUUUGUAGCGAGCGUAGAAUAUGAACAAUAAAUAACCAAAUAUGAAGUUUUAGGAACACAAACAACGCUAUGUAUUUACACAAUAAUAAGAGAUAAUAUUAGAAAUAAUUUAAAUAAAGUGGUAAGCAAUUAUA